AUGAAGUACGUCAUUAUCAUCCCCGACGGCGCCGCCGAUGAGGCGCAGGGGUCGCUCGGUGGUAAGACGCCGCUGGAGGCGGCUGCGACACCGCUCAUGGACGCGCUCGCGAAGCGGGGCGUUGUCGCGCGGGCUUGCCAUACGCCUAAGGCGCUGCCGGCGGGGAGUGAGAUUGGGAAUCUUUCGCUGCUAGGCUACGACCCGUUCGCGCACUUUACCGGCCGGGCGCCGAUGGAGGCGGCUGCGCAGGGGAUCGAGCUGGGCGAAGGUGAUUGGGCGGUUCGUUGCAACACGGUCACCGUCGAGGAUCAUGGCGACGGUCCGGUGAUGGUGGACUUCACGGCGGACCAUAUCACUUCGGAGGAGUCGGCGGCGCUGCUGAAGACGUUGCAGGACGAGGUCGCUAGCGAUCCGAAAUGGCGGGGCGCCUUGGAGUUCAUCCCGGGCGUUAGUUACCGCAACCUCUUGAUCUGGCGUGGCGACAAGCUGGCGGCGCCGUUCUCAAACGACACCCGCACUCAGGCGCCGCACGAUUGGACCGACUUGGUGAUCCACGACGCCCACCCGAAGGGCCCCGGCGGCGGGGUGCUGGUGGAUUUGAUGGAGGCUUCGGAGCGGAUUUUCGCUGACCAUCCCGUCAACAAGAAACGCGUCGCCGAGGGACACAAGCCGGCGACCAGCGUCUGGCUGUGGGGGCAGGGCGGGGCCCCCACAUUGCAGCCGUUCGCUGAGAAGUUCGGGCCCAAGGGGGCGAUGAUCACGGCGGUGGACCUGCUGCGCGGCAUCGCGGCGCUGGUGGGUUGGGACCGGAUCGAA